UUUCCUUAAAAAAUUGUGUUUACAUGCUCCCAUCCUCUCUCGUGUUUUAGUGGCUUUGGGAGGCUAAUCUGCGGCAGAAUGAGCGCCAUUCAGCUGCUGCGGAUGUCGGUGCACCAGCGGAUCAGCGCCGCCGCUGAGGACGUCCUACAGCAGCUGGAAAACGGGGAGAAAGCGGCUAAACUCCGGACGCAGAGAGCAGUGAUAACCGCGCGGCUAACGGCUACCGCGGAGGAAAUCUUCGGACUGUUUAAGGAAACUUUAGCGGGGUACGAGGAGAGACUGCGGCAGUCCGAGCAGGAGAUAUGCCUCCAGAGAAAGCAGCUGGACGCUCUGCUGAAACCUGAAGUCAGGCUACAAAGGUCGGAGCAAAUGGAGGCUUUUAAAGCCGCAGGAGCCGCUGCGGCCAGCGCUUACUCAUCCAGUUCCGGUCAACUUCACAGUAAAAGCCCUGCAGAUCAGAGUGAAGAGGAAGUUGAAGACACAGGCCUUCUGAAGAUAGUGACGCUGGACGACUCUAACCUGCCAGCCCAGUUCGACUCAGCGGACCUGAAUCCGCUCGAUUCUGAGAACGUCAGCGAUGCUUCCUGCCCGUCGUCGCCAAUCUCCUCUUCUCCAUCCUACCACCUGGCGGCCUCUACGUGCACCGACGAUGACGACGACUGGACGGAGAGUCAGUCUCUCAGGUCAGAGGGCAAAAGGAAAAAGAAGAGAGGUCGGCCUUGCAGAUCCGUCGAGAAAAUGGAAGGAAGUCCGCCUCUCGGAUCUUCUGGGAAGAAGAAACGAGGACGACCUCUCGGAUCUUUGGGCAAAAAGAAGAGAGAACUUCUUGGUCUUGAACCUUUAAUCAUUGUGAAAAAGCGAAAGCGCACUCCUCCUACAGAGCGUUUCAGCUGCCAUGUCUGCGAACGCCUCUGUCCGGGGAAAGGCUUCCUGCUGCAGCAUGCGCUGCGUGUCUGCGGCAGCAAUCCGGACCGGCGCUGUGGCUUCUGCGGCGAGCUUUCAGACUCUGCUGAUGGCCUGAUGGCUCACCUGCAGGCUCACCAGCAGAACACAAAGAAGUGCUCCGUCUGCGAGAAGACGUUCACUUCCAUCAGGGCUCAGGAGCUGCACUUCCGCAUCCACACGGGGGAGAAGCCGCAUGAAUGCCCUGAAUGCGGCAGAAUGUUCCGGCAGAAAAGCAACCUGAUGUCUCACAUGCUGGUUCACGCGGCAGAAAAACCGUUCAAAUGUAAAGAGUGCCCACGCGCCUUCUGCCACAUGACGUCGCUGGAGCGCCACAUGGAGGAGCACAACAACGCACUCAUCCUCUCCUGCAGCAUCUGCAGUCAGGAGUUCAGCAAGCGGAAGGACCUGCGGAAACACAUGGCGAUCAAUCACGAGGACAGCGUCCCUAAAGCGAAUAAAAGCCGCACAUCUGUGUUGACCAACUGCAAGGUGUGCGGCGAAGCUUUCGACCGGAAGAUCCUGCUAGUCAGGCAUGCUGGGACUCACGCGCAGGAGCCCAAUUGCUGCUGCGGCGUUUGUGGGAAUCUGUGCGACUCCAUCGACAGCCUCAAUGCUCACCUGCGCUUCCACCGGGUUGCCGCCAGGACCUGCGAAACCUGCGGGAAAUCCUUCCCCGGCCGAUCGGCGCUGCUGAUGCACCUGAGGAUUCACACCGGGGAGAAACCCUUCAGUUGUAGCUUCUGCGACAAGGCCUUCAACCAGAUCGGCAAUCUGAAGAUGCACUUGAAGAUCCACACGGGCGAGCGCGCUUUCUCCUGCAGCAUCUGCGGGAAGGGCUUCACCCAGAAGAACAGCCUGGACACGCACAUCCGCUUCCACAACAAGGAGAGGCGCUUCCUGUGCCAGGUGUGCGGGAAGGGCUUCAUGCAGGACGUGGACCUGAAGAGGCACAUCCUUGUCCACACCGGGGAGAAGCCGUACGAGUGCAGGGUCUGCGGGAAGAGCUUCCAGGCCAGGCGCUCGCUCAACGGUCACCUAAAGGUUCAUGAAGCUGGCGGGAUGGCGGGCGUCACCGAGAACCAGAGGAUGGACAGCUUCUUCUCCGGACCCUUCCAGCUGUAGAUCAGAAACUAAACCUAGGGCUGAACAAAGCGGCUUAAAAAUUAAAUCUCUGAUAUGAUCAGACCCAAUCUGAUUUCAAAUUUUAUAAAACUUUUUUUCUCUUUUUCUCUAAAAACCAAUUUACAAAUAUCAGAAAACAUUUUCAAAAAGGGGUCUUUUCUUUGAUAAUACCUUCUGUGAGUUUUAUGAAGGAGAAUUAGGGCAAGGCUACGAGAAUUUUAGCUUAGUUGCAAAAAGGUGCAGUUUUACCAGAUAAAACAUCUGAAUAUUAAGAGAAAAGCGUAAUUUUAAUAAGAAAAAAGCUUUGAUAAAGCUAUCAAGAUUUGUUGUGACCAGUUCAGUCCAUGUGGUUCUUUUUCCGAAAUGGACUGAGUUGUUUGCUCAUCAUUUCAAAGUCCUGCUACUGAUUAAAAAAAUUUAUAUUACCAUUAAAUAUUAUCUGUAAAACCUAUCCUAAAGAAUAAUUUUACUAGAUGCUCAAUAUUCCUCAUUUAAUUUUUUUUUGUGUUAUUUUUCAUGUUGGAGUUCUCAUAAAGUUACAACUUUAUCCUCGUGAUUCAAAAACCAGACUUAGCCUGAUGCUAACACUCUGUUGUAGAGUUGACCUGAAUUCAAAACAUUUUAUCUUUCAAAUCCCAAAAAUUCAAUCAACAUCCAACUUGCUGUCUUUUAUUCUUCUUCUGAAAACAGAUUUCUGGAUUUCUUUGUGGUCUCAUCUCUUGAUCUGGACAUAAACAGUAAUUAAUUUUUCUAACUACAAACUUAUAAAAGCAGGAAAAAUGCUGUAGAUUCUUAAAAACAGUUUGCAGGUUUGAGCCCAGCAGGAAAUGGAGGAAUUAAUAGAUAAUCCCCUAAAAGAGACAAUAGAAAUAAAAGCAAGAUUUUUAAAAUUAUUUGUAAUUUUGUUUUAAUGCAAAGAAAGGUGAAAAAAUAUGAAAAAUUGGAAAUUGGACUUGGUAUAAUUUUUAAAAAUGUUUUUAAGUCAGUCUUUUUGCCACUGCACACAAUGAAGAGCUGCAGCAGAAAUUAAAAUCUUACACUAAACAUGAAGCAAAAGGAGUUUUUCAACUCAAGACUGAAACUGAGCUGCUAAAUAAUAAUCAAUAAUCUGUUGAAUCUGAUUUUUUAGUGUAAACAUGGAAUAAAUUGAUGAUCAGAUCCUGAAGUGGAAAAAUAAUUCAAAAAGCAAAUCCCAAUUUCACUGUGAGUUUAAUAAUUUAAAUCAUUAAUUUGAGCUUAGCGUUAGCAUCUCAGCAUUCCUGUAACUGUUACUUUACUUUCACUGUAACGAUAAACUGACUCAAACGAGGUCGAGAGAAUAAAGAAAUGGACGCAGAAAUUAGAAAAGUUAAACGUUUUCUAAAUAUUUUAUCUUUGCUCUUAGUAGAAAUAUUUGAUUGCAAAGUCAAAAUAAACUGAUAAGCAUUGAUUUAAGUACAUUUAUCCUGCCAAAUUCUAAUUUAUUGGGAUUAUACGGGACUACAAAUUGGUGGAGGGAUAAAUUAACCCUGAGAAGAUAUUAGGAUAUCUGUUAAAUCUCAAGAUAACAAAUGAGGUUCAUAUAGUCAAACCAUCUCAAUGUAGCUCACAGUUGGAUCACCUGGAUAGAAAAACCAGGAUCAGUUCUGAAUCUGCAGGAACUGGUGUGAAAGUAAAACUGUUCUCUGGUUGGUUCAGUUUUUUUUUUUUUACUUUAAUGUAAAACCAGUUUGGAGCAUCAAGAGCUUCCAGUAGAAGCUGCAAGCAUGAGACUGAUUUUAUUAGUCUUCUGUUUGACAUUUUGUCCCACAGUUGAUGCAUUUUUUUUUUUUACAAUUUCAGACAAGAUGUAAAUAUUUCUGUUUUAUUAGUCAAAUGUUACAAUUUGGUGAUUUUGUUCAUCUCUCCUAAUUAUAAUCGCCUUAGGUUUUAGGUUGAGAUUGGAUGAAUUGGACCUUUGGUGCUAAUUAUUAUACCUACACUGUAAAAACAAACUCUUAUUAGGUAUUUUUGGCCUAGUUUCUAGUGAAAACAUCUUACUACAUUUGAAACAAGACAA